AUGCAGGCAGUGCAGAGACAGUUUGGGAAGCUCACCCACAAGGCUCCCGGCGACAAUGCCAAAGUCAGUGCCGUAUUAAAUGAUUACGAGGAUGCAGACAAUGUUCUUGCCAAGAUCAUCGAAAACACCAAAUCAUGGCGCGAUUCAUGGGUCGCCCUGACGUCCACGCAGCUAGGCAUAGUCACCGAGUAUGAAGGACUAUACGACCCGAUCGAAGGCACUGGUAGAGCCACUGUCCGACCGGCAACUGGUACCCCCGAACUGCAGCUAAACCGGACCUUUGAACUGAAGGGUGAAUACGGCCAACUCAAGACCGAUCUCAUAGAGGAGCUUGCCGUCAUAGAGUCUAGCAUCAUUGUGCCGGCAACCACUGCACGAGACUGCCUUGCCCCCCUUCGAAAGACCAUCAAGAAACGAGAGAACAGGAGGCUGGACUACGAAAAGGCGCAGGACAAAGCCCUGAAGUUGCAGAGAAAGCCUGGAAAGUCUCCCAAGGACGAAAUGGCUCUGGUCAAGGCUCAGGAGGAAGUCGCUAAAGUUACCGAUGAGUUCCAGACAAUUGAUAAUCAUGUCCGGGAGACUUUGCCGCCUAUCGUCAACGCUGCAUUCAGCAUAGUACCUCCCUUGGUGAGCUCAAUCGUUAUGAUACAGAACCGCCUGCUCGGCCUGUACUACACAGUCCUACACAACUACUGCGAAACGCACAACUUCCCAUCGCCACCGCCACCCAUGGAGGACGUCAUCGCAACAUGGCAAGCUGCCUUCGGUCCGGCAAGAAAAGAGGUAGAGUCUGUUAGUUGCAUCGCUCACGGCCGAGCCGCAAGACAACCUAUGCAUGUCACCAUAGAACCACAGCCUGAAGAAGGCCGGAAACCCUCUACUGGCACCGUUGGCUUCCGACGUGCCUCGACCAAUCCUGUCCCUCCAAGGGACGAAGGGCCCGGCCCUAUGCCUCCCAGACCAAACCGAAUCCCAUCGACACCAAGUAUUUCAACACCCAUCGCGACCCCUGGGCCACGGCCUAGUUUCAGUAAUGCAAAUUUCGCCUCCAACUCGAAUUUGGGUGUCCCGACCGAGUUUACCACCGCAUCCGGCUUCGGACGUUCACCACCGGGCACUGUUUCGCCUCGGGGUCUUUCGCCUGGUAGGAUCUCGCCUGGGAGGAUCUCGCCGGGCAGACUUUCGCCUAACUCGCAGAAGCCGCGGACCGACUACUUCUCAACCAGGCCUCCGAGCGCAGCAUCGACAGCUCCGUCUACCAUCUCCUCCGCCAGCGUCAACCCUGCAUUAGGCAAGAAGAAGCCGCCGCCGCCGCCGCCCAAACGUAUUGCCUCCAACAAACUGCCAGAGGAAUUCAUGGUGGCACAAUACGCGUUCGCAGGCCAGGGCGCCGGGGACUUGUCGUUUCAAGAGGGCGACCGGAUUCGAGUGGUCAAGAAGACGGGCACGGAUCAGGAUUGGUGGGUUGGCGAGUUGAGAGGCACCAAGGGCAAUUUUCCCGCCAAUUAUUGCAAGGAGGCAUGA